AUGACGAUACUGGAUCUUUUGAACGACGAUUUGGUAGAGGAGAUACUCUGUCGCGUUCCGGCCACUUCCCUGAAACGGUUACGAGCUACUUGCAAACGAUGGAACCGUUUGUUCAAAGAUGAUAGGAGAUUCGCGAGUGAGCACUGCGAUAAAGCCCCAAAGGAGUUUCUCAGUCUCUUCUCGACAGCGAAGUUCAGGAUUUGUCCGUUGAGCAUCAAUGUUCCUCCUCCAUCUGUAGAGGUAAAAAGAGAGCUUAGCCUUCCUGGUCCGUAUUUUAACAAUUUGCUCCAGUUCGAUAUAGCUGAAGUCUUUCACUGCGACGGCUUAUUGUUAUGCUCCACCGAUUGCGACCCUAAAAUAGUGGUUUGGAACCCGUUUACUGGUCAAACUAGGUGGAUCGAAGUCGGCAUUGAUCGUUGGUUUACACUUAAAAAAUUAGUUCUCGGAUACUACUACCAAGACAAGAACAAUAAGAACAAGGCUUGCAGUAAAAGAAAAAGCUACAAAAUUUUGUGCGUUGAUUAUGCUCAUGAUGGAGAUCAUGGAAUCUACGAGCUUAACUCUUGUGAUUCGUGGAGGAGGAUUCCUGAUGGUGAUCUCAUUCCACCAGGCUGGUCCACUGAUUGCUCUCGACACGCCGUGUUUUUAAAGGGAAGUGCUUACUUUUUGGCUAAUGAGAAAUCAAAACCGCAUCUUCUUGGCUUGUCAUUGCUCAGAUUUGAUUUUUCUACUGAGAAAUCAUCUCUAUUUGUGCCUCUUCCCUAUCAGUGUCCAGAGUAUGAAGUUUUGAGUCUUUCCGUUGUUAGAGAAGAGAAGCUUUCCUUGUUUUUACAGCCCGAUGAUGCAUCCAAGGCUGAGAUAUGGGUGACGAGUAAGAUUGAUGAGACCACCAAAGUGAAAGCGGUGUCCUGGAGCAAGGUCUUUGCAUUCGAUUUGAGCCCUGAUCUUCAGAUUACUUCUUGGGUAAGCUUUUUGCUUGACGAGGAUAAGAAAGUUGCCGUGUGUUGUGAGUCAUGGGUACGAGACGACAAGAAGGCCAUCGACAAUAUAUACUUUCUCGGGGAGGAUAAUAAAGUCAGCGAAUUUGGUUUUAAUCUGAUGGAUUAUCCAAAUGAUAAAGGCCAUUGGCCAAAUUGUCCAGCUAUUCUUAAUUACGUUCCAAGUUUGGUCCAAAUCGAGCUACCUGCUGGUUGCAACAAAAGAAAAAGAGGUGACUAAGCAAUUAUAUGUGUUCUUCUUA